UAGUGGCUGGUAAAUGGAGGGGAGAGUGGUGCUCCAGAAAUCCGAGGAUUAUUGCAAGACAACCGCAGCCGAUUGGAUUUUUGAAGUAGCUCUAACCAUUCCUUCAGCUGUUUUAGCACGAACACGUUAUUUCACCGUUGUGUGAUAUCGUAACUUCGGUUGUGAAACGAGCUAAUUUUAAAAGCUAGCAAGCUGGGUAGCUAACUCUGCUAGCUUGCUAGCACAUUAGCUAUAGCCACAUGUUACUCUUAACUAUCCGUCCUCUUUCUUUCAACUCAUAUAUAUGUCGAUAUGGAACGUAGGAAAGAAGCAUUUCAAUCAAAAGUACUGCAGAAGCUUUACCCUGCAGCUCCUAAACCGGAGAAGAAGUCCAGCCCACCAUGCAUUGUAGAGGCUCUGUCCAAAAAAAUCUAUGUGAAAAGCAAAGCCUCUCAGGGGGACACAGCCACUGGAGAUGCAGUAAAGACACACAGCGUAUCCAUUCCGGUCAGGCGGAUGUACACGGUCCUUCCUCCUCCUGCAGAUUACAAGACAGAUUCAGAGAAAUCUGUCACACUCCCCCAGUCAGAAGGCAUAAAUAGUGCAGAGGACCCAGCUGGGGACAGCAUCCAUGAGAGCAGUGAAGAACUGGACCAAGAUAAAGAGGAAGAAAAACAGAAAAUAAAGAGGAGAAGAAGAAAAAAGAAACCAACCCUCCAUCAAGACUUUGAGAAGGAUGGAGCAGCUGCGGUGAGCGUGACCGGCACAGGUCGGACACCUGUGGAUGAGGGAGGGGAGCAUAUUAGCAGGAACAAGAAGAGAAAACUGAAGAAGAAACGGCGCAAAGAGAAGCUGCUGUCCAUGGGCCUGAUGCCGCAGGCUGCUGCCCUGGAGUUCACAUACAAAAAAGAUGAGGAGGAAGAGGAUGUAGAUAACGAGACGAAGGCUGCAGAGGUGUUGGACUUCCUCAAGACUACAAUGGAAAUGUAUAUGUCAGAUUCCUCGUUGCGGGUGGACACGCUUCCUCUCCAGUCUGGGACUCCCGAUGACCUCCUGAACAGCAUAGCCAGCAGGUGCGAAUCCACAUCUGUCCUGAAACAGCUCUACAGUUUGAAGGCCUUUGUUCAGCAUAAAGAGACAGACAAACUGGAAAAGGCACUAAAGGAGCUCCACCACACAUCUUCUAUGUCUGCAGAGGAAACCGCUGCAGUCGUUUCAUUGUUCCAGUACUGGAUCACAGACAUUCUUCCCAUGCAUGGAGACGAGAAGACAUGGCUUUCAAUGCACCCAUGAGACUGUCAGUCACACCGAAACAAUGACUCUACUGAUGGUUUACUUUUUCUGUUCUUCAUCACUUUCGACAAGAAAGUUUUUGGACUUUCCUACUCAUAUGCUGAAUUUCAUAACUUUACAUGUUGUUUUAUAAGAUAUUUUUAGUAUUAAAUUUUUUUUUUUGUCUCA